UGAAUGCAUACACAAUAAGCAGCGCGAUGCGCUAACCGAUCUUCAGUUGAAAAGAAGGCCAAGCCUUCGCACAUGAAGGGCCGCCUCUCGGAGAAGAACAAGUUCGUUCGCUCGGUCAUCCGUGAGGUUGCUGGGUUCUCGCCGUACGAGAGGCGAGUGAUGGAGUUGUUGAGGAACUCCAAGGACAAGAAGGCGCGCAAGCUCACGAAGAAGCGUCUGGGCACGCUCUUGCGCUCCAAGCGCAAGCUCGAGGAGCUCGGCACGAUCAUCCAGGAGAGCCGUCGCGCGCACUAAGCGUGUCGCUCCGAUGUCCCUUCGCUAUGCUCCGUCCCCCUCCUAUGCACCCACGAGCUUUGGUAUCGCCCUGUAUCAUCUCAUGCGCAAUCGAAAUCUAUGCCAUGCAUGCCAAGCUUUGCCAGGAGCUCUAUGCUUUGCAACCAUCGAUUCGUCUGCAUAUUGGAAGAAUGUCAAUGCUGCAGUACGAGCACCACAUGUAGGCUCGCAUGACAGGUGCUCCCUCCUCGGCCCCCAUAGCGCGGUACGACGAUCGGUCAUUGGCGUUCAAGCAAUCCUUAUGUCUGUCAGCUACACUUUCGCUCGGAGGGAUCGCUAUCUAGCAACACUCAAGGUAUACUCUUCCUUUCCAGACACCGCCGUGGACACUGAGCAGCAGUCGGGCACAGCUGCAUAUUCAUACCAGGAAAUACUUUCGAACAGCUCUGUACUGCGACUAAUCGCGACUUUACGGUCGUGGAUGAUCGAAUAUUUUCUGCUGACAG